AGACAGACACCUGCAGCCUGUUGAAGAGGGGUUUCAUUUCUCUUCGUGUAGACAGACGCCUGCAGCUUGUCAUGGAGGCCUCGAUUCAUUUUCCAGACGCAACACUGCAUCCAACCCGGUCGAACAAAUCGCAUUCCAUUGGUGGCGUGAUUCCUCUACGCUCCCGCUCAAAACCCCAUGGAAGCAAGACCUCCGUCGAUCUCGCGAAAGCGAGAGAGCUUGAAGAUGCCGAAGAUGAGGAUGCUGGUCUGCGGGACGCGCGCGAUUAUAAACGCAGCCAGGUCUUCAGCCUUGGCCAGGUCUUCCUUCUCGCGUACCAAUCCAUAGGUGUUAUUUACGGUGACAUUGGCACGUCGCCUCUGUAUGUGUUCUCGAGCACUUUUACGAAAGCUCCGAAUCAUGCCGACUUGCUUGGAGCACUGUCCCUUGUCCUCUGGUCGGUCACGUUGAUGGUCACGGCCAAAUACGUCUUGAUUAUUCUACGGGCCGACAAUGAUGGCGAGGGCGGCACCUUUAGCACGUACUCUUUGUUGUCUCGAUAUGCGAAUAUCGCUAAUCGCGAUCCUCGCGAGGCUACGAUGAUACGCAUGGAAAGACAUCUGACCGAGGACCUGGGGCGUUCAACCAAGAACAUCCGAUCAACCAUUGAGAACUCUUGGUUGUUCCGCGGCCUACUCAAAGCAAUAGGCGUGCUUGCCGUCUCCAUGGUAAUGGCUGAUGGUGUCUUGACCCCCGCGCAGUCUGUUCUUGGUGCGGUACAAGGCCUCAAUGUUGUGAAGCCUGACAUUGCGAAAUCGACCAUCGUUGGUGUUACCUGCGCCAUACUCAUUCUCCUGUUUCUCGUACAGCCCCUAGGUAUAGCGCGACUCACAAUGGUGUUCUCCCCAAUCGUCAUGGUGUGGCUCGCUUUGAACGCUGGGUUUGGAAUUUACAAUUUAGCCAAGUACGACUACGCGAUACUGAAGGCGUCCAACCCAUAUUAUGCUUUUGACUACUUGAUACGGAACAAGCACCAUGGAUGGAGGAGUCUCGGCGGUAUUCUCCUCUCCUUCACUGGUGUCGAAGCCUUAUUCGCCGACAUUGGUGCCUUCAGCCGACAUGCAGUGCAGCUAAGCUGGCUCGGAUACGCCUAUCCAUGUCUCCUACUCGCCUACAGUGGGCAAGCUGCAUACAUUAGUGUGCAUCCAAAUGCUUACUCUAAUCCUUUCUACAACUGUGCUCCCCCGGGCUGGCUGAUAUUCUCGCUGAUUAUCGCCAUUGCUGCGGCUAUCGUGGCUUCCCAGGCUAUGAUCACGGCAACAUUUCAGCUCCUCACCCAGAUCAUGAAGCUCUCGUACUUCCCGCAGAUCAAAGUCGUCCAUACGUCGACCGUCUACCAUGGCCAGAUGUACGUGCCGAGUGUAAACUGGUUGCUCAUGAUUGGCACUGUGCUCGUCGCUGCCAUCUACAACAAUACCACGUCACUUGGUAACGCGUACGGUGUGUGCGUCAUGUUUGUCACUUUCUUCGACACAUGCAUGGUCACCCUCGUCGCUAUCAUCGUGUGGCGCAUAAACCCGUACUUUGUCUUUCUUCCCUGGCUUACUAUCGCCUCACUGGACGGCGCCUAUUUAUCCUCUGCGCUUACAAAAGUGCCCGAUGGCGCAUGGUUCACCAUCCUCCUCUCCUGUCUCCUUGCGUCCAUCUUCAUUCUUUGGCGAUUCGGCAAGGAACAGCAGUGGCACGCAGAAGCUAGCGAUCGUUUCCCGACGACACAUUUUGUCAAGACGUGCCACGACGGGCGGCUCCAACUUGCCGAGAAAUUUGGCAACAAGCCAGUUAGCUCCAUGGAAGGCUUUGGCAUUUACUUUGACAAGGCUGGCGAAACGACGCCCAUCGUCUUCAGUCAAUUUAUUCGCAAACUUGUUACAGCGCCUGAAGUCAUCGUCUUCUUCCACCUUCGCCCUCUAGAGGCACCGUCCGUGGCCCCGGAGAAUCGUUAUAGCGUCUCGAGACUGGCUAUCCCGAACUGUUAUCGUCUCGUCGUACGGCAUGGAUACAUGGACGAAGUCAUUACGCCUGAUCUCGCGUCUCUGAUCUUCGAUAAAGUACGCGACCACAUCGUGGAACGCGCCUUGGACCGUGAAGGCGAAGAGAAGAAGCCUGCUACUACGAUAACCACUACGACUACCACAGGUGCUGAAAUUGCACAAGCGCCUAAUAAUCCCAUACAAAGCAACACUAGUAGUAGCACACCAACCGAGAACGCAAUCGAAAACACGUCCACAUCCUCGCGCAGCUCAACUACCUCCUCCCGCCUCGAAGCCCUGGAGCGCGCAUACGCCCACGAAGUCCUCUACAUCAUCGGCAAAGAACAAAUGAAAAUCAAGCCCGGCACGAAUCUUGUGCGCCGCUUCUUCCUCCAUGCGUUUCUGUUCAUUCGGGACAACACGCGGGCAAAGAUUGCGAGUCUGGAUGUUCCCAUGGAUAAGGUAAUUGAAGUGGGCUUUGUGAAGGAUGUCUAGUUUGAUAGAUCGGUGGAGUUGUUUAUAUAUAUUCGCUGUAGUGUUGCUUUGGAAAUGGAUUAAUAUGAACGUAGCAACCAAGCAAGGGUU